GCGCAGUCUCCAUGCUGCGUGCAGCGUCCAGAGCCGUGGGCCGCGCUGCUGUUCGCUCCGCGCAGCGCUCCGGGACUUCGGUCGGGCGUCCUCUCGCCAUGUCCCGGCCUCCGCCACCCCGCGCCGCCUCUGGCGCCCCUCUCCGGCCCGCUACGGUGCUGGGCACCAUGGAGAUGGGGCGUCGCAUGGAUGCGAGUGCUAGCGCCGCUUCGGUCCGCGCCUUCCUGGAGCGCGGCCACAGCGAGCUGGACACGGCCUUCAUGUACUGCGACGGCCAGUCCGAGAACAUCCUGGGCGGCCUGGGGCUCGGGCUGGGCAGCGGCGACUGCACAGUGAAAAUCGCCACCAAGGCCAACCCCUGGGAAGGGAAGUCACUGAAGCCUGACAGCAUCCGGUCCCAGUUAGAGACGUCUCUGAAGCGGCUGCAGUGUCCCCGGGUGGAUCUCUUCUACUUACACGCUCCCGACCACAGCACUCCUGUGGAGGAGACACUUCGUGCCUGCCACCAGCUGCAUCAGGAGGGCAAGUUUGUGGAGCUUGGUCUGUCUAACUAUGCCUCCUGGGAAGUGGCUGAGAUCUGUACCCUCUGCAAGAGCAACGGCUGGAUCCUGCCAACUGUGUACCAGGGCAUGUACAACGCCACCACCCGGCAGGUGGAGGCCGAGCUCCUCCCCUGCCUCAGACACUUCGGACUGAGGUUCUACGCCUACAACCCUUUGGCUGGGGGCCUGCUGACUGGCAAGUAUAAAUACGAAGACAAGGAUGGGAAACAACCCGUGGGCCGCUUCUUUGGGAAUAACUGGGCUGAGACCUACAGGAACCGCUUCUGGAAGGAACACCACUUUGAGGCCAUCGCCCUGGUAGAAAAGGCCCUGCAGACCACCUAUGGCACCAACGCCCCCCGCAUGACCUCGGCCGCCCUGCGCUGGAUGUACCACCACUCGCAGCUCCAGGGCACCCGAGGGGACGCAGUCAUCUUGGGCAUGUCCAGUCUGGAGCAGCUGGAGCAGAACUUGGCCGCCACUGAGGAAGGGCCCCUGGAGCCGGCUGUCGUGGAAGCCUUUGACCAAGCCUGGAACAUGGUCGCCCACGAGUGUCCCAACUACUUCAGAUAGACUGUUGUGGCUCAAGAUCCCAGGGGCUCUUCUGCCACCCCAUGGAGGAGGAGUUACGCCUGGCCACUCCUUGCCCAGUGCUGACCUAGUGUGUGCUUUUCGGCUGGUCUCCACCUGUUUCCUGUCUGAAUAAAGCAGGUGUCUGACCUGGCUGCAGCCAGAACUGAACCUCAGACCGUCUCCUCUGCUGCCCAACACCUGCUCCCUCCACCCUGCCUGGGGACCAUGAGAAAGGGUGAAACCAGGAGUUAGGCUUCAGAGAGCACAGAUAGGGAGAGUCUCACGCUGCCUCCAAGGUCUCCUCACUGUCACCCUCGCUUUUCUACUCGUGACAGAACCAGGUGGGUGUGGGUACGCACACCUGCUAAUUCCAGCCCUCGGAGGAUUACACCACGUGCGAGGUCAACACUGAUCUAUGUAGUGAGUUUCAGGCCAGCCAGGGAUACGUAAUGAGACCUCUCAGAAACAAACGAAAAUUUAAAAGGCACGUGCUUUGAAGAAACGGAACAAUUAAAGUCACCAUGAGAGUUGUC